AUGGAUUACCGGGGUGCCACAAGAGCACAGCACAAACGGACGUCACUCUCUGUUUACCUUCUGCAGUACAAGGGACGGGCUAAUCUGCACGUCUUUGAGGACUGGUGCGGCAGUUCUACAGCUGACCUCCGCAAGGACCGGCACUACCCUCUGUAUCCUCAUUCCAGGACUAUGGUGCAGAAGUUGGCCAUCUUUCCUCAGUGGACCGACUACGGAAUCCGGAUAUUUGGUUAUCUGCAUCCAUAUACUGAUGGAGAGUUUCUGUUUGCUUUGAGCUCUGAUGACAACUCUGAGUUUUGGCUCAGCACAGAUGACUAUCCACAGCUGUUGGUAUGGGUUGGGACAACCAGCACAGAAUGGUCAGCCCCGGGCGAGUUUGAGAAGUAUGCCAGUCAGACCUCCAAACCAGUUCGCACUCGCGUCAGAGUGAAGCACCAGACGCAUCGAUCGGACUGGAUCGACCUGCGCUGCAACGUCACAGAGAACCUGCUUCUCCAGUCCAGUGGUGCUCUGACCGUAGUCAAAGCUUUCAUGCGACAGCUGAACAACAAGCACCACGGACAAUUUCCAUUGGUGCGCGUUGUUAACGUGAUGAAGCGCGUGGACGUGGUCCAGGGAGGCCGCUACCUUCUGGAGCUGGAGCUGAAGGACGUGAACGGCCAGCUGCGCCGCAUGUCGCGCUACGUCUACUAUCCGAUUAGCGACGGCAGGCAAAACGACCAGGACGCACGUAUCCAACGACCGGAAACUCAGCCCAAGCUUUGUAACCCAGUGGGCUUCCGGUGGAAUCCCCACGCCACCGUUAAUAACGCUGCCAAUACCGACUCCUUGGGUUCCUCGGUCCUCUUUGCGUGGUGGCUUCUCUUUUACUUUGCUAUUCACAAAAGCCUUCAUCAUCAAGGUACUCGGGUGAUUCAUUUUAUUGUAAAAUCUUUGGGGGUCAUGUACGUGAAGAAGGCUCUGCAGAAAUCCUCACUCGUCAGGUACCAGUAUGUGAGGCUGAGUGGAAACUUUGAGCGUGCGGCUGGUCUCCAAGCAGGUGUUGACCUUAUAAAGGAUGACCACAGCAUUGUGUUUCUUUGUGACCUCCACGUCAACUUCCCUCCCUUCAUCAUCAACACCAUCAGGAAACACUGCAUUGAGGGAUACAUGGCCUUUGCUCCAAUAGUCCUGAGACUGGGAUACGGGGUAAGCCGCUUUUUCCAAGCACUCAAUGUGCUUUGUUUUUGGGAGGUCAAUGGCUUCGGCCUGCUGCGGAUUUAUAAAUCAGAUUUGGAUGCUGUUGGAGGAAUGAACACAGAGGAAUUUAGAGACCGCUGGGGCGGAGAAGACUGAGAGCUCCUCGACAGAAUCGUGAAAGGCGGGUUGGAAGUGGAGAGGUUCUAUUUGAGGAACUUUUUCCAUCACUUUCACUCCAAACGUGGCAUGUGGAGGCAAACGUCGCCCAGCCACAUGUGACCUUGUCACCUGCUCACUGCACCAUGGCCACGGUUGCCGAGGUUACACAGCAACCAGAGAACGUUAAGGCCGGAGCCUGUUUUCUACUAUAUGACAGUGAUACCUGCUGACCAACAGAAUAGACUUGGAUACAGUCUCGGCUUUCUGCAAAAAGAUGAUCGUCGGUAACAAAUUACUACUGAUUUGUAUAUAGUUUGUUUUACUGGUUGUACGGUUGACUGGUGCCAGAGUAAUGAUUGAUGCAAGCCUUUGACAUUGUGAUUUUGGGAAUAAAGGUACAGCCAUGUAUCAUGUCCCAGAGGGACACCAUGGUGAGCUGCAUUGUUUGCAUAAAGGGACAGAACGGAUCCAAAGAAAAGUCUUAAAUUACACCCCCAAAGAUGUAUUCACACAAGUAUCCUAUAUCAUAAGGAUCACCACUUUUGCACAUGAUUUUUAACUGGAGCGAAAAUCUUUUACGUUGUUUUGUUAAAUACACUCCAGAUUGGGUAUAAGGUAAACACAGCCCUUGUGAGAAAUGUAAGAAUACGUGUUCAAGAAUUGGAGCCUGGUCGGGGUUAUCAAAA